GUGAGGGGAGGCAUGGUUUCUGCAAAUAUCACACAUUGAUUUUUACUUUGUCGUCUCUCCUCUGUAGCAGUCUGAUCAUUAGGUGAUGAGUUUUGUGACAGUCCAGUUUGUGAACAUCAUGACAGACAUCAUGUUACUGAGUCUCCUCUUAAUUCCAAGCACUUUGGCUGGUUGUCUUGAUCUUACACACUUAUUCAUCACUGCACCAACAGAGAUGGAAGCUCUGAGUGGAUCUUGUUUAAAAAUCCCAUGUAACUUUAGUGGAAAUGGAACAGACCAGUUUAACACCACAAGACCUGUCUUUGGAGUGUGGAUUAAAACGAACUCCAAUGUUUUUACAUAUCCAAACAAUGAGAUCUUCAACAGCAGUGGGACGGUUAACAUCUAUCCAAUGAACAUUACAGGAGACCUGACACAGAAAGACUGCACCACUCUGUUUUCCAAUUUAACCACAAAUUAUACAGACACAUACUACUUCAGAAUUAUGAACUGGCCGUUCAGAGCAACAGCUGUUUGUGAUCCUCUUCAAAUAAAAAUUAAAGAUUCUCCUUGGAGGCCCAAUAUUACAAUCCCAGGUGAUCUGAAGGAGAAGGAGUCUGUCACUAUAACCUGCUCAGCUCUCACUCCCUGUCCACACUCCCCUCCUCAACUCACCUGGAAUCUCCAACAAGACCCUCACAACAAAAUAGAGGAAAACACAGAUGGAAGCUUUACAACUAAAAUCCAGCAGACCAUCACUCUGUCAGACACACAUGAUGGAAAGAAGAUCAGCUGCUCUGCCAGAUAUCCUGUGAACCAAGGAAAAGACACCAAGGCAGCAGAGACAGAAGAGACUCUCAGUGUUUCAUAUGCUCCUAAAGACACCUCAGCAUCCAUCAGUCCAUCAGGUUUGGUGUCAGCAGGCAGCUGGGUGAAGCUGACCUGCUCCAGCAGAGCCAAACCUCCAGUCAGCAGCUUCACCUGGUUCAAAAAGAGCACAGAUGGAGCUGUGAAAGUAUCUGAAGGAGAGAUUUACAGCUUCAAUGUAACAGAUGGAGGAGUUUAUUACUGUGUGGCCACUAAUGAUCUGGGUAAUCAGACAUCACCAGAGAUUCACGUGAUUGUUGCAGAAAAAGCUCUAAAAUCUCGUUGCCUUGCAGAUGAACAGUCAGGAAAACUGUUUGGUGUCUGCAUUGUAGUGAAGACUGUGGGAAUCAUACUACUUGUAACCACACUGGUCAUAUUUGAGUGCUGGUUUAGAUCAAGACAGUUCAACAAACCAGAGACAGAAAACAUCUACGUGAAUAAAGCUGCAUCAUAGUCCAAAAAGUGUCUGCAGCAGGAGGACAAAAAUCUUGGACAUCAGCAGUGUUAACAUCUGCAUGCUGACAGAAACAUCUGUAUAGUACUCAAAGUAAUGUUAACAUUUGUGAAAUCUACUGUUUAGGUUAACUAACAUCUUUGCAUGCUGUUGCUGCACAACAAUGACGCUGUGCUUAUUGUGGUGUUACUGUGUAUAUGAUAUGAUAUGAUGAAUGAUAAAGUGUUUGUUUGUGGCUGAUUUACUUCACUGAUGAAGAACUGAUACAUUAAAAACAGAACCUUACUGAGGAAAUUCUGCAGACAGUUUCUAUUAUUAUUGUGAGACGUGCAGCCUUUUACAACAACAUUUCUUAAUCAUGUGGUUGGUGAUUCUGUGUACUGAUUCUUUGUGUGCUAAUCUUUUAAGAUAUUACUUGUUCAGUAAAUACAUGAAAGUGUCCAUUCAUGUCACCCAUCAGUGGUUUGAUUGUUGUGUCUAGUAAUCCUAAAUAAAUUUACUUUAAAACUAAUACAGUUCCUGCUGAAUUAACUGUCAUAGAUGAUUGUGUUUUUAUAAAAAUACAAAACCUUUAUUUAGACAAAUGAGGAACAGAUUAGCUUGGUUACUUACUUCAAUGUAUGCAUGAAAUUAUUUAAUCUUUUGAUUACAUAAGUGAUGAGUUUUGUGACAGUCUAAUCUGUGAACUUCAAAACAAAUAUGUUACUCAGUCUCCUCUUUAUUCCAAGAUGGCAUUUUAGUCAUUUACAGUAUGACAGAUCAGUGAAGAUAAAAGUUUUCUGUUGAAAUACAUUUAUUCAAAAAUUUGUAACAGAUUCUCACAAGGUUUCUCUUUAUGUAAAUUUAACCCAUGCGAAAUGCGGGGCUAAUAAACUCCUUUUUGUCACUUAAAGCUAUUGCAUAUUGUUGCCACACAGAGGCGCUGUAAGGCUGUCUUUCAUUUACUAUGACGUUGUGUCUCGUGCACUUAAAGUGUUUUCUGUCUCUUCCCGUGAGAUCUUCCUUGUAAUGGCGGUCAAGUGUGUGCGACGACAGCAAAUAUCUUGGUGUACAGUGCUGGAAUGCUUCACCAACCAAGGUGAUGGAAUGCCUCAGGUGGUUUGGCAGGGGGCCGACGUGGCUUGCAUGGGGACUGGUGGCAACAGAGACAAAGAACCCCAUGCUAAGCAGUCUUGGGUGGAGCUGGACCAGAUGGCGUGACGACCUGUGACCAACACUGUGGUAGCGUGAAGACCGCAGGUGGCUUGGCUGGCUUUCCUGAACCCCCAGCUGUUGAGGAAAAAGCAGCUGAUCCAUAAAUCAUGAGUUUCUGUCAGGAUCAGGCUUUUUUUAAACAGCUACCAUAUUUUAUUUUUUUUUCCAUGUAGCUGAAAGUGUUGCAAUAAUUUUUCCACGCUGGCGUUGGGAGCGCCACUUUCUCCGGGAGUAGGGAAGCGAUGGACUGGACAACAGAACCUCCGGCACAAAGGGCAGCAAAACCUCAGACGUGAAGAACCACAGCAUUGAAGCAGAAGUGCUGACCAGCGGGUUGAGGGAGUAAUGCUGAGUGGCGGCAUUACAGCUGGAGAAAAGUCCCUAUGGUGGUCCCGUUGUGGGCGUGGAGGCCUGUUAGCCAUGCUAGCAAUAAGUCUGCAUAUUGGGACUUGGCCUGAACCAAACUGCAGAUCUUAUGCUUAAAUUCCUCCUUCUCUUUCACAUGGAAUGGGACCGGCCACUGUCCAUGGAAAAUGAAGAGCUGACUCAGAAACUUCUCAAAGUCUGUAAAAAUCAA